AUGGAGUCAAUUCAGAAAGAACUUCCAUUCCUCUUGGAUGAUUAUGUCCCAACUCAACCAAAGAAAGUCAUUCACACCCAAGCAGACAUUGAGCCGUUUUUGCAUUCAAAAGCAUUUUCACGCAUCAUGACAUUUGUGUUUCUAUUAAAUGGGAAUGUCACCAAAAAGAAAAACUCGGAUCCAUGUGAAGUCUCAGCUCAAACUGAAAAGGUCCUGGAAAUGUUACAAACCCUGGAUAGUUGGAUAGAGGAGUUUCCUCCUCUUGAUAAUCCUCAACGGUUUGGAAACAAGGCGUUUAGACUCUGGUUAGAUAAAUUAGAAAAAUGUGGACCUGAACUUUUACGCAAAACACUUCCAGAAAAACUAUACAUUGCUAUCCCCGAACUGCAUGAUUAUUUACUUAAUGGGUUUGGAAAUGGAACUCGAAUCGAUUAUGGAUCAGGACAUGAGCUUAGUUUCUGUGCCUUUCUGUGUGGAUUGACAAUGCUCGGUGUUUUUGAGCCCAAGGACUAUCAGGCAUUGGUGACAAGAGUGUUUGUAACAUAUUUGGAAUUAGUACGGCACAUUCAGAGAGUUUAUUCGCUUGAACCGGCAGGUAGUCAUGGUGUGUGGGGACUAGAUGAUCAUCAGUUUCUGCCUUAUAUCUGGGGUAGUGCACAAUUGAUAGAUCACCCUAGAUUGAAACCAGCAUCUGCUAUUAAGCCCGAGAUUAUUGAGAUGUAUUCAAAAGAAUACAUGUAUUUGAGAUGCUUGGAGUACAUUGGAGAGGUCAAGACAGGUCCGUUCCAUGAACAUUCUCCGAUGCUGUUUGAUAUCUCUGCAGUAGCGAAUUGGAGCAAGGUCAACAGCGGUAUGGCAAAGAUGUAUAUUGCAGAAGUACUCAAAAAAGUGCCUGUUGUUCAACACUUUCGAUUUGGAUUCUUGUUUCCAUAUUCUGGUUAA